AUGUCCUUCCUGUCCCCAUCGACGGCCGUUCCGCUCUCGCCGACUUCUCCGCCCGAAUCGGGGCUCAAGCGACGGCACCAGACUGAGACACCGUCGGAGUCGCCCAAAUCUCCAUCUUUGAUGUCCGUCGCUACAAAGAGUUAUGUCUCGGCCUAUGGAACGUCACAACAUCAACACACCGACGAGGGAUCGAGUCGAUCGGCUCCGCGCUCACCACGAAAAGGCCCCUCCGCAUCGCUUCCUCAGCAAUCGAUCCAUCCGCAGUCUCUUCCGACUCCAGCGCACAGUGUGACGGGCAUGUCUAGUUUUGGUAUGGCAGAGGAUUUGGACCAACAUCGGGACAAGCGACCAAGGCUUGAUGGGGCUGGGUUUGGCGAGGCGGAUCAGAGCGAGGUACAGACACCGACACAAGCAACGAACCAUGACCGGCAUAAUGUUACGGAUACAGACAUUACAAUGACAGAAAAUGCGGACGAGCCGCAAAACUCCCUGGAUCGCGCGGCGGAUAACACUUCUCGACAUGCGGAGGGCGAGGUGACUCUGGAACAGCUACAGAAAGAUAUGGGCGAAGCCUUUCUUCUUUGCAGAUCCAAAGUCGAGCGUCAGAGGCCCAAUCCACAGAAGCACCUCCUGGCGCUGUAUGGGAUGAAUUCGUUACUACACAGUGUCGCUCGCAUCGAUCCGAAAACUGGGGAGAAAAUCAACAAGCUGCGUAAGUCGUAUGAAGGACAGAUCAAGAGUUUUGGUUUGGCUGGGCGGAACAAACCGGUCAAAGCGGAGCGCAAUGUCGAGGAGGAUCAACCUGGCCCGUUGCGGCGCAUGGCAGGCUCGUCGCCUUGGGGUCUUGAACCAGACGCACAGUGGAAUGCAGAACAUGCCAAGUCGAAGAUCGAGGUGACGCCGGAUUUCCGAGCGAAGUUGAAACAAGCCAUGCAGAUGCAGCCUGGAACUGUCCGAGACAACACUCACUGGGAAGACGUCCUAGGGUUUGAUAAGCCCAAACCGACGGGAUUUCUGCCGCCGCGGCCUGCCACCCCGGUCGCCCCCCAGCCCGCGUUUUCGCGCUAUGCCAACGGAGUCACAGCACGACAAUCGGUCCCAGCCACGGCAGAGCCCAAGCGCCAGACGCGUGGGAAGAAGCGAAGUUAUGGCGACGACAGUUUCGUGGGGUAUGGCGAGGGAUAUUCAGACCCAGAAGAUGGCGACGGUGAUGACGGGGAUGAUUACGGCAGCCAGCGCAAGCGGAAAAAGGUGAUGCUGAUGGCUUGA